GAGCCCCUGUGUUUUCAUUUUUUGGCAAACUUGGAAGUGGUGCAGGCUCGGUUACUGGCUUGCGAGUCUCCCUGCAUUUAUCUCUUAAUUUUUUUAAAAAUUACUCUUAAUUUUAAUUUUUUUCCUUUUUUUUUUUUUUUUUUUCCCAAACUCUGGAUUUUGAAUGCCGGGCGAAGCCAGGAGAAACGAAAGCAAAUAGACACCGUGUGUGCGUGUAUAUAUAUAUAUAUAUAUAAAUAUAUAUAUUAAAAAAUUAAAAUAAAGAACAACCGACUGCAGCAGCAACAACAGACAGCGCUCGGCAGCCCUCGGUCGGCGGCGGGCGGGCAGUGGAGCCGUCGGCGGGGCGGCCGCGCAGCAUGGAGGAGGGCGGCCGGAGCCCCCGGGAGGAGGCGGCCGAGCCGCAGGAGUCCGGCGGCGACGCGGAGCCCGGCGGCGGCGGGCGGCGGGGGCUGCUGCUCCCCCCCGGUGACCCCCCGCACCCCCACCCGCACCCGCACCGCAUCACCAACUUCUUCAUCGACAACAUCCUGCGGCCCGAGUUCGGGCGGAGGAAGGAGGCGGGCGGCCCCGACGGAGAGCCCCGGCGGCCCGGCGCGGAGAGCCGCCGCAGCCCCGCCGCGGCGCCGGCCCCCGGGGCUCCGCUGCCCGGCGGCGGGGCGGGCUCGCCGGGCCGGGGGGAGGGCGGCCCCGCCGGGCUGGCCCUGCACGGCGCCGCCAAGAAGGGGGGGGACCCCGCGGCGCUGGAGGCGGCCCUGAAGGCGCGGGGGCUGAGCGGCGGCGACCUGUCGGUGAGCUCGGACUCGGAUAGCUCCCAGGCCAGCUCCAACGCCGGGAACCAGCCCAUGCUGUGGCCCGCCUGGGUGUACUGCACGCGGUACUCGGACCGGCCCUCCUCAGGUCCCCGCUCCCGCAAACCAAAGAAGAAGAACCCCAACAAGGAGGACAAGCGGCCUCGCACCGCCUUCACCGCCGAGCAGCUGCAGAGACUCAAGGCCGAGUUCCAGACGAACCGGUACCUGACGGAGCAGCGGCGGCAGAGCCUGGCCCAGGAGCUCGGGCUCAACGAGUCCCAGAUCAAAAUCUGGUUCCAGAACAAACGAGCCAAGAUCAAGAAGGCGACGGGCAGUAAGAACUCCCUGGCAGUGCACCUCAUGGCCCAGGGGCUCUACAACCACUCCACCACGGCGAAAGACGGCAAGUCGGACAGUGAAUAGCC